AUGGCCUCCCAGGAAUUCCUGUUAAUUCUCAUGCCGUGCGCUUUUCCAGACAAAUGGAUUACCAGCAUGAGGAGCGCUGUCCCCCACAUCCGCAUCGAGAAACGCGAAAUUGACAGGAAUGCUACGGAGCUGCCCACAGAUAUCUCCCCCGGGACAUGGAGGGAUGUUACAGCACUCUUUACUUGGAAGCUUCUUCCGCCCAAGGAGCUGGUCCCAAGUCUACAAUAUGUCCAGCUCUUGAGUGCCGGGUGCAAUCAUGUUAUGGGGACCUCGCUAUUCGAUGAGACUGACGUCGCGUUUUGUACAGCGAAUGGGGUUCAUCCACCUCAAAUCACAGAAUGGGUUUUCAUGACAUUCCUCGCCUUCCAGCACCAUCUACCCGGAUAUCUGGAGCACCAGAAGCUCGGCCAAUGGAUCGAUCCCACAUCGGACGAAGACACCGAGGAUGCAGUUGGUCUCAGAGUUGGAAUAAUGGGCUAUGGAAGUAUCGGCCGGCAAUGCGCCCGGGUCGCCAAAGCCUUCGGCAUGGAUGUCCAUGCCUUCACACUGCACCCACGAACCACGCCCGAGUCCCGAAAAACAGAUUCAUUCAGCGAGCCAGGUCUGGGGGACGAAGACGGUCAAUUUCCGUCCAAGUGGUUCUCGGGCAAAGAUCAACUCAACGAGUUCCUAGGUUCGGAUCUCGAUUUGCUGGUGAUCACUGUCCCGCUGACUAGAGAGACGCGAGGUAUGAUUGGGAGGGAGCAGUUUAGACAUCUCAGCAAGAAGAAGGCAUAUGUAAGCAACAUUGCACGCGGGGCAGUGAUCAAAACAGAUGACCUCAUGGAUGCCCUAGAUGCGGGUCACAUCCGAGGAGCGGCACUGGAUGUUACGGAUCCGGAGCCACUGCCGGCUGACCAUAAGCUGUGGGGUUAUAAAAAUGUUAUCAUUACGCCUCAUUGUAGUGGGAACUCAACCCACUAUAACGACCGUGCUAUCAAGAUACUGCAGUGUAAUUUGGAAAGACGGGCUCAAGGGCAGCAGCUUCUCAACCAGGUUGAUAAGGGCUUGGGAUACUGA